ACACACCUUAUUAAGCCUUCAUUUGUGUCAUUUAUUUUGACACAAUUCAUUCACCACUUCCUCUUCAAGAAGAAGAAGAAGAAGAAAUGGAGCUUUCUCAACUUGGUUUUCUGGAGGAACUACUACUACUGGCUCCAAGGAGAGUAGAAGAAACAUGUUGGAAUAAUGGUUUCAAUGAUCUACUCCCUACUACUCCUCCUCCUUCUGCUUCUGUUUCUGCUUCUUGGAGCUUUGACUCUCUUGAUGAUAACCCUUCUUUGAAUCCCUCAUUUUCUUCGUUCUCAACACCUUUAGACCACAGAUUUGACUCUUCUUAUGCUGCUUCAUUUCCAUUUCUUGAUGCCUUCACAAUCCCACCAGAGCUUCAUCACUCACCACCACCACUUUUGCCACAACAAGAACACAACAACAACAACAACAACCACCCUUUGGUGGAAGAAGAAGAAGAAGAGCUUGGAUUUCUUGGUAAUGAUGAUAACAAUCAGAGCUUGGAAGAGAGGAACAGCGGUAGAUGCAAAGUUGAGGAACAACAAGCUCUUGAGGUGCCAGCUGUAGUGUUCAACAUGGGAAUGUGUGGAGAGAAAAAGGUACCAAAGUCAAAGAAACUUGAAGGGCAGCCCUCAAAGAAUCUCAUGGCUGAAAGGAGAAGAAGAAAGCGUUUGAAUGAUCGCCUUUCAAUGCUGAGGUCCAUAGUCCCUAAGAUAAGCAAGAUGGACAGGACCUCCAUUCUAGGAGAUACCAUAGAUUACAUGAAAGAGCUUCUAGAAAGGAUUGCUAAGUUGCAAGAGGAAACAAUGGAAGAGGAGGGAAAGAAUCAGAUACACCUCUUGGGAAUUUCAAAAGAGCUAAAGCCAAAUGAAGUAAUGUUCAGAAACUCCCCUAAGUUUGAUGUUGAGAGGAGGGACCAUGACACAAGGAUCAGCAUCUGCUGUGCUACAAAGCCAGGGUUGUUGCUGUCAACAGUGAACACUCUAGAAGCAUUAGGCCUUGAAAUUCACCAAUGUGUCAUAAGCGGCUUCAAUGAUUUUUCAAUGCAAGCAUCUUGCUCAGAGGUCGCUGAGGAAAGAAACUGUAUUAGCACAGAAGAUGUUAAGCAAGCACUAUUCAAAAAUGCAGGCUAUGGUGGAAGAUGUGUCUAAAGAGAAGAAAGAUGGGGAAGUGCCUAUGUAAAAGAACAAUUUUCAUCUUGUGUAAUUUGAGGAAUUAGGGUGGUAGUAGUAGAAGUAGUUUCAAUGAAUGAGGUUCAAAUAAGUUGGCUUUGAUUGAUGAUUUCAUUUUCAUUUUUCAUAGCCCUUUUACCCUUUAGUGCAAGCUUCAUAAUUACAUUCCCCUUGUGAUAAAAAUCUUUUUUUUUUUCUUUUUUAGUAGCAAUUUAUGAUGAAGGAGGAAUUUUUGCCAAACCUAUAAGUGCCAUCAAGGUCCUGAAUUUGCGGCUGCUUUAAAAAUCUCGUCUUGUUUUCUAAACAAAUAAUUGCAUGUCAAUGUCAUUCUGUAACAUGCAGUGCCGGCCAAGCAAGAACAAUGGGAUGAUAUCAUGCAAAUACUAAUUAAUAAGAUUCUUGUUUCUGUCA